GAUUUUUUAUCAGAAAAUCUGUCGAGUCGAGGCAACGCGCUCUCGAAAUGCAAAAGGCUACUUUCAGACUUUUUCCACGCUGUGAAGUCAAUGUGAAUUGAACAAAUGCUCGAGAAAGUGAACCGAAGUGAGAAUAAUCGAAUCCUCAUCGUCGCAUAUACAGAAUGUAAGAAAUAUGGUGGCAGCACGAUCCGGAAGGUGAAAGUUCUUACAAAGAAAAGGGAAGGAGUGGUGGUGCAUAUAUAGAGGGGCGAGAGGGCGCGGCUUGUCCAGACGCUUUCCAUCCUGACGACGACGACGACCACGACCACGACGACAACGACAACGAACAAUGUCGCCGAGGUUGAUAUUCCUCUUAGGAACCCUCUGUCUAUUCGCCGGAGCACAAGUAAGAGCUCAAGAUGACGAAGGAGCUGAUGAACUCGACGCAAAUGCCGAAGAACUUUGCCAUGAUAGACCAGGAGACGAGUACUUCCGAUUAAACGUUGGAGGAGACUGUCGCGAUGUCGUCAGGUGCGACAAAGCCAGUGAAAUCGGCGUUACCAGGUUGGCAACAGUAAGAUGUCCGACCGGUCUCGCUUUCGACAUUGAACGGCAGACUUGCGACUGGAAGACAAAUGUCAAGAACUGCGAACAACUGGAGAAGCCACGUAAGGUCUUACCCAUCUUAAAAACCGACGAACCAGUUUGCCCAGAUGGAAAGUUGUCCUGCGGAAACAAAGAGUGCAUCGAUAAGGAGCUCUUCUGUAACGGCAAGCCUGAUUGUAAGGACGAGUCUGAUGAAAAUGCUUGCACCGUCGAAACUGAUCCAAAUCGUGCACCAGAUUGUGAUCCAACACAAUGCGUUUUACCAGAUUGUUAUUGUUCCGCUGAUGGUACUCGUAUUCCUGGUAACAUCGAACCCCAACAAGUUCCACAGAUGAUUACAAUAACAUUUAACGGAGCAGUAAAUGUUGAUAACAUCGAUCUUUACGAAGAAGUCUUCAAUGGUCAACGACAAAAUCCUAAUGGUUGCCAAAUACGUGGUACCUUCUUUGUCUCUCACAAAUACACCAACUAUUCAGCUGUUCAAGAUCUUCAUCGACGUGGUCAUGAAAUCGCAGUUUUCUCUCUCACUCACAAAGAUGAUCCACAAUACUGGACUCAAGGUACCUACGACGACUGGUUGGCUGAGAUGGCCGGAGCCAGACUUAUCAUCGAACGUUUCGCUAAUAUUACUGAUGGAUCCAUCAUCGGUAUGAGGGCUCCAUACCUCAGAGUAGGCGGUAACACGCAAUUCGACAUGAUGGCCGAUCAAUUUUUCGUUUAUGACGCCUCCAUCACAGCUUCCCUAGGGCGUGUACCAAUCUGGCCAUAUACUCUAUAUUUCCGUAUGCCUCACAAAUGUAACGGUAAUGGUGGAAACUGUCCGUCGAGAUCACAUCCAGUUUGGGAAAUGGUAAUGAACGAGCUCGAUCGUAGAGACGACCCAACCUUCGAUGAAUCUUUACCCGGUUGUCACAUGGUCGAUUCCUGUUCCAACAUUCAAACUGGCGAACAAUUCGGCAGACUUCUCAGACACAACUUUAACAGGCAUUUUAACAGUAACAGAGCACCACUCGGCCUACACUUCCACGCCUCGUGGUUAAAGAGCAAGAAGGAAUACAAAGAAGAACUGAUCAAAUUCAUCGAGGAAAUGCUCGCUAGAAGCGACGUUUACUUUGUUACUAUGGUUCAGGUUAUUAAGUGGAUGCAAACGCCGACCGAACUGUCAGCAUUGAGAGACUUCCAAGAUUGGAAGGAGACAUGUGAUGAAAAGGGUCAACCCUACUGUUCCUUGCCAAAUGCUUGUCCACUUACAACUAGAGAACUUCCAGGCGAAACUUUGCGUCUUUUUACUUGCAUGGAGUGUCCUAACAAUUAUCCAUGGUUACUCGACCCGACUGGCGAUGGUUUUGCUGUAAAGAAAUGAACAAUGGACUGAAAGUUGCUCGAUUUUGCGUCGAGACGCGCGAUUUUUCAAUGAACGAAUGAAACAAAAAAAAAUAAUAAAUAGAAAAGUAAUACAAGCAGGGAAAAUAGGUCUCCGGAAGAAUCUUCGUGUGCAUUUGGAAGCAAGCUCCGGUCGACUCGGAACUCCCCUAUAGCGAAGAAAGUUUAAAAAACAAAACAAAAAACUCUCGUUGCAUCAGUACGAGACUAUAGAAAGUUUUGACACAGGACAUUUAGUUGAAACCAUUCCGAUCUCAUCGAACUCGUGCGAUCAUCUUGCUCUUCUUGCCUGAUCCGCGCCCUGGCUUCGUAUUUUCGUACUUUUCCUCUUUUUUUUCUUCUUUCUUUCUAUUUACGACAUAUCGUGCACAGUGUAUCAAUAAGUUAGCGAAGUGAAAAAUUAUUUGUUGAAAAUAAUAUGUAUUUAUAAUUGUACAUCAUCGUGAAUAAAGCGUAAAAUCAA